AUGACCGAGACCGCGACCGCAGCCGGGCAGCAGUGCACCGUGCUGUACUUUGCCGGUGCCAGCUCCUACGCCGGCCGGGACAGCGAGUCCUUCCCGGCGCCCGUGCCGCUCGGGCAGCUGCUGGCCGCGGUCGAGGCGCGCCACCCAGGCAUCCGCGGCGCCGUCCUCGACGCGUGCCUCGUGACCGUCAACCUCGACUACGUAGACGUGCCGGCGGCCGGAGACGAGGGCGUGCUGAUCCAGACGGCUGACGAGGUGGCCAUCAUCCCGCCCGUCAGCUCCGGCUGA